AAAGAGAGAGAGGAAGAGGGAGACAGAGAGAGAAAGAAAGAAAGAGAGAGAGGAAGAGGGAGACAGAGCGAGGAAGAGGGAGACAGAGAGGGGGGGCUGAAAUAACUGUAACCUGUUUCAUCACUCCAGUCUACGCUACAACUUCAGUCUCAAUCCAGCCGUGGGCGGGACGUCAUGCUGUUGAUCGAUGGGAUGCCUGCCGUCAUCGUCCAAUCAGAGUCUCUGGAGCCUCAGAGAACGUCUCUGUUGGUGUUGUCCCCUCUCUCCUCUCCAGUCUCUGUUGGUGUUGUCCCCUCUCUCCUCUCCAGUCUCUGUUGGUGUUGUCCCCUCCUGAGAUGGACAGGGUGGUUCUGAAGAGUAAGGUGUUCAGCCCAGUACCUCCAAGUCCUCCAGACACACAACCCUGUAACCCAAACUCUUUCCAGUCCCAGACAGAGCCUGUAGACCUGUCCACCAGCAGCUCCAGGACAUCUCCGACAUCCACAGGAGUCUCCCUGUGCCCCCUACCGUCCACCUCCAUCACCAAGCCUUCCUCAUCAUCAUCCUCCUCCUCUGUCAUUACGUAUGUCCCAAAUACUCCUGCUAUAUCAGCGGCAGGUCCCGGCGUGAGAGUCCUUUGUGGUUAUGUCCGAGAGUACCUCCUCACACCCCUCUCCUCCAGCCCCACCCCUCUUCAGGCCCACCGUACGCCCGUAGUGGUACGGCCCACACCCCUCUCCUCCAGCCCCGCCCCUCUUCAGGCCCACCGUACGCCCGUAGUGGUACGGCCCACACCCCUGCUCUACACCAACCCAGCACACAGCAGAACCCUGGUGGUACCCCGACGUCCACAUCACCCUCACCAUGGUGACAGCCAGGAUGAUGAGCUGCCGAAAACGAGACUGGACAGUGUGACAGAGAUGGGACGGGCUGUAACCAGAGUGGGUCAUGACUCCAUGUUAGCCGGUGGUAUCCAGAGCAUGCGGGUAGGUCAUGUGACCAGGUCAGAGGUCAGGGGGCGUGUCCGUAGGUGUGUCCACAGGUGUGAGUUUUACGGCUGUAACAAGGUGUACACCAAGAGUUCCCACCUCAAGGCCCACAGACGCACACACACAGGUGAGAAGCCGUAUAAGUGCACGUGGGACGGGUGCACGUGGCAUUUUGCCCGUUCUGACGAGCUGACCCGCCAUUACAGGAAACACACGGGAGUGAAGCCCUUCAGGUGUGGCGACUGUCAACGCUCCUUUUCCCGCUCAGAUCACCUGGCCCUGCACAGACGCAGACACACACUGAUCUGAGGAGGGAGGGAGGGAGG